AUGGCGCCUCCUCAGUCCGACGAGCAGCUCGUCGACGAUCCUGCCAUGGUGGACAUUACUCCUCCUCACCCCGACGAGCAUUUCGGUGACGACGGGCCCGGCUCGCUGCGGGACGGCUGCCGGCGCCAGGAGCCGCUGUGGAUCGUCUUCGACGUGUCCGGCACCAUCCGCCUCGCGUCGGGGCUGCGCGUGUCGUCCCACAAGACCGUAGACGGCCGCGGGCGGCGCGUCACCCUGUCCGGCAAGGGGCUUCUUCUCCGCGAGUGCGAGCACGUGAUCCUGUGCAACCUGGAGGUGGAGGGCGGGCGCGGGCACGACGCCGACGCCGUCCAGAUCAAGCCCGGGUCCAGGCACGUGUGGGUGGACCGCUGCAGCCUGCGCGACUUCGCCGACGGCCUGCUGGACGUGACCUGCGGCAGCACGGACGUGACCGUCUCCCGGUGCCGCUUCUCGGCGCACGACAAGGCCGUGCUGAUCGGCGCCAGCAGCGGCCACGUCGGGGACCGGCGCAUCCGGGUGACCAUCCACCACUGCCUCUUCGACGGCACGCGGCAGCGGCAGCCCCGCGUCCGGUUCGGCCGGGUGCACCUCUACAACAACUACACCCGGGGCUGGGGCAUCUACGCCGUCUGCGCCAGCGUGGAGUCGCAGGCGGCGGACAGAGACUGCAGCUCAAGUGGGCGCAUCCGGUCUGAAGGCGACCUGUUCCUGAACGGCGCGCAGGAGUACACCGAAAAUGAUUUGGAAACUGCAGAAGACGACCAGUGGGACUUCGAGGUCCGGGAUUGCUACAAGCCGUGGUCGGUCCAGCCCGCGUCGAUGGCGCUCAAGGAGCUCCUCGAGUCCUGCACCAGCUGGCAGCCGGAUCAGUGCACCGAUGAUGUCAAGGGAAAGCUCCCAUUGAAGACCUGCCAUGAACUCCUCAUGGUGAGCCUGGACAUCGAGAAGAACCUGCACGAGGUGAGCCUGCCGUUCUUGGUGCUGCACGGUGGAGACGACAUCGUGACGGAUCCUUUGGUGAGCAAGCUGCUGUUCGAGGAAGCGUCGAGCGGGGACAAGGACUUGAAGCUCUACCCUGGGAUGUGGCACGCGCUCAUGGCGGAGCUCCCCCAGGACGCCGAGCGCGUCUACUCCGACAUCAUCUCUUGGCUGGACCAGAGGGCGAAUUGUGCAGCUAAUGUUUCCGUAGUGAAUACUGGCACGGCAAGCGCCUAG